AUGGCGGUGAAUCGCAUCCGCGGCGCCUUUGCCGCGCCGCGCAAGGGCGAGACCUUUGAGCUACGGGCGGGCCUGGUCUCCCAGUAUGCCUACGAGCGCAAGGAGUCGAUCCAAAAGACAAUCAUGGCCAUGACGCUCGGCAAGGACGUCUCUGCCCUGUUUCCCGACGUCCUCAAGAACAUCGCCACGGGCGACCUCGACCAGAAGAAGCUCGUCUAUCUAUACCUCAUGAACUACGCCAAAUCGCACCCCGACCUCUGCAUCCUCGCCGUCAACACCUUCGUGCAAGACUCAGAAGAUCCGAACCCGCUGAUACGAGCCCUGGCCAUCCGCACCAUGGGCUGCAUCCGCGUCGACAAGAUGGUCGACUACAUGGAGGAGCCGCUGCGCAAGACGCUGCGGGACGAGUCACCCUACGUCCGCAAGACGGCGGCCAUCUGCGUCGCCAAGCUCUUUGACCUGAACCCAACCAUGUGCAUAGAAAACGGCUUCCUCGAAUCGCUGCAGGAGCUGAUUGGGGACCCGAACCCCAUGGUGGUCGCAAACUCGGUCCAGGCCCUGGCCGAAAUCACCGAGACGGCCCCCGAGACGAGAGCGCUCGUCGUCACCUCGCCCACCCUCAAGAAGCUCCUCAUGGCCCUCAACGAGUGCACCGAAUGGGGCCGAAUCACCAUCCUGAGCACCCUGGCCGACUACCAGUCGCUCGACGAGAAGGAGGCCGAGCACAUUUGCGAGAGGGUCGUGCCGCAGUUUCAACACGUCAACCCCGGCGUCGUCUUGGCCGCCAUCAAGGUCGUUUUUAUUCACAUGAAGGCUGUCAACCCUGAGAUGGUCAGGUCACUUCUCAAGAAGAUGGCCCCUCCCCUGGUCACCCUGGUCGCCUCUGCCCCCGAGGUGCAGUACGUGGCGCUGCGAAACAUUGACCUCUUGCUCCAGGCCAAGCCAGACAUCCUCAGCAAGGAACUGCGCGUCUUCUUCUGCAAGUACAACGACCCGCCGUACGUCAAGCUCCAGAAACUCGAAAUCAUGGUGCGGAUAGCAAACGAGAAGAACUACGAGCAACUUCUUGCCGAGCUGAAAGAGUACGCCCUCGAGGUGGACAUGGACUUUGUGCGGAGGGCAGUCAAGGCCAUUGGACAGGUGGCCAUCAAGAUUGAGAACGCCAGUGCAAGGUGCGUCCAGGCGCUCGAGGACCUCAUCUCGACAAAGGUCAACUACGUGGUCCAGGAGGUCGUCGUCGUCAUCAAGGACAUUCUGCGAAAGUAUCCCGGCUACGAGGGCGUCAUACCGUCCCUGUGCAAGCACAUUGACGAGCUGGACGAGCCAGACGCACGCGGAUCUCUCAUCUGGAUCGUGGGCGAGUAUGCGGAGAAGAUUAACAAUGCAGACCAGAUCCUCGAGAGCUUUGUCGAGGGAUUCAUGGAAGAAUUUACCCAGACGCAACUCCAGAUCUUGACGGCCGUCGUGAAGCUGUUCCUGAAGAAGCCUGGAAACACGCAGGGCCUUGUUCAAAAGGUGCUACAGUUCGCCACGGCCGAGAACGACAACCCAGACAUCCGCGACAGAGCAUAUGUCUAUUGGCGGCUCCUCUCGGGCGAUCUGGACGUGGCCAAGAACAUCAUCCUAUCCCAGAAACCCACCAUCUCGACCACCAUGACCAGCCUGCCGCCGGCGCUGCUAGAACAGCUGCUGGCCGAACUGUCGACACUGGCGUCGGUUUAUCACAAGCCCCCGGAGUCGUUUGUCGGCGCGGGCCGUUACGGAGCCGACGAGAUCCAGCGGGCAGCCAUCAUGGAGCAGCGGCAGAACGCGGCGGAAAACCCCAUCGCGGCGUCGAUGGCGGUCGGGGCGGGUGCCAACGGCACGGGCGGCGGGGCUCCGCAAAGCAACGUAGAGAACCUGCUGGACAUUGACUUUGACGGGGCGGCGCCGGCAUCACAAGAGCAGCAGAGCGCCAGCGGGACGCCGGACCGCGUGGCCAGUCCCUCGGGCGGGCCCGCGUCGGGGGGCAUGGCGGACAUGAUGAGCAUGUUUGACGCUCCCCCACCGACAAGCGGCGGCGGCGGGCCGGCGGCAGAGGGAGGAGGGAGCGGGAUGAAUGACCUCAUGGGCGGAUUCGACGGGCUGAGCUUUGGCGGGACGCAGGCCAACCAGCCGCUGCCGGCGGCGAUGCAGCUGCAAAACGCGCAAGAGGGCGGCGCGCAGGCGCCUAAAAAGGAUAGCGACGACUUGUUGGGACUGCUGUAG